CCUGGCUCGGGCUGAGCAUAAAGACGAGCGAGUUCGGUAGGAAGGCCGUGGUGAGGAGCUCCGCAGACGUCAACCAGAGGGAGACGGCGUGCACCCCGUUCCUCGAGGUGACGGACGUCCACCGGACAGACUCACGAUGCUACGCGACAUUCAGGAUCGGUGCUGACUCCCCGUUUCACGAAUAUCUCGCGUCCAUCAACGACCAGCUCAUGGCCUUCUUGUGUCCCAUCGAGAAUCUACGCAUGCCGUACAACGCGAAUCUCCGACUCCUGAGAGUGAAGAUGCCCGUGCGCGGAAGCCGAUUGGCGGUGCGAGCGUACGACGCAUCGUCGUUGGACGAGAUACCCGCAUCCGCCUUGGCCGUCGGUCGAUGCGCGGCCGUCGAGAUGACGCUGAAUGACGUGUGGCUCGACGCCGACGUGGUGUUGCCUACGUGGGUGGCGGAAAGACUCGUCAUCCGUUCGAACUGA